AUGGACGGGCGGCCCGGGCCGAGUUACUGCCUGGUACUGGUACCAGUUAGCGCCUGGUACUGGUCCCAGUUAGAGAUUGGCCGACCCCCGAGGGCCGCCGGAGCGCUCCCGGACGCCGCCCGGUGCGGGCGGAGCCGCGAGGCCGAGGUGUUCGGGCAGCUCGCCCUGGCGCUGCCCUUCGCCCGCGGGUCAGCGCCCACCUGGACAAAAGCGUCCAUCAUGCGGCUGACCAUCAGCUACCUGCGCGUGCACCGCCUGCUGGCCGCGGGCGCGUGGGCGGCGGCGGCCGAGGCUGUGGACGGAUGUUACCUGCAGGCUCUGAGCGGCUUCGUGAUGGUUCUGAGCGAGGGCGGGGACAUGAUUUACCUGUCCGAGAACGUCAGCCGCCUGCUGGGGCUCAGCCAGCUGGAGCUGAUCGGGCACAGCGUGUUCGAUUUCGUUCCCUGCGACCACGAGGAGCUGCAGGACGUGCUGGGCCCGCGCCAGGGGGGUCCCCGGCGGCGGGGGGAGCGCUCUGGCCGCAGUUUCUCGCUGCGCAUGAAGAGCACCCUGAGCGGGCGCGGCCGCUGCCUCAACCUCAAAGCGGCGUCCUGGAAGGUCCUGCACUGCGCGGGACAUGCGAACCUACUCGGGGUCUGGGGCGGGGACCCCCCCCUGCGCUGCCUGGUGUUGAUUUGCGAGGCCAUCCCGCACCCCGGGGCCAUCGAGGCUCCGCUGGGCUCGGGCACCGUCCUCACUCGCCACUCCAUGGACAUGAAGUUCACCUACUGCGAUGACAGGAUCGGGGAGGUGGCCGGGUCACCCGAGGAGCUCCUGGGCUGUUCCCUCUACGAGUUCGUCCACGCGCUCGACUCCAACACCCUGAGCCGCAGCGUCCACACCCUGCUGACCAAGGGCCAGGCGGUCACCAGCCAGUACCGGUUCCUGGCCAAGCGCGGGGGGUUCCUCUGGGCCCAGACCCAGGCCACGGUGAUGGGCGGGGGGCGAGCGGCGCCCGAGGGCAUCGUGUGCCUGCACUUCGUGCUCAGCCGCGUGGAGCAGCGCGGGCUCGUCCUGUCCCUGGAGCAAACCCAGCGCCGAGAAUUUGGGGGGGGCUCGGAGACCCCCGGCCCGACCCCAGCAACGGCCCCGCGGACACCACGUCCCCCCGGCCCUGUCCGGACGUCCCCCCUGGACCUGGCCAUGCUCGCCCCCUACAUCCCCAUGGACGGCGAUUUCCAGCUGGGCGGGGCCGAGCCGCACAGGGGGCGUGGCCUGCGCCCCUCAGGCCCCGCCCCCAAGCCCGAGGCUCCGCCCCCCAGGCCAAGAGCCCGCAGCUUCCCUGGGCGAGGCCCCCCCCCUCCCGGCCUGGCCACGCCCCCCUGCCGCGCUGGGGCAGCGACCCCGCCCUGGGCCCGCCCCCAGGCCACGCCCUGCUAG